AACACACAGGCAAGACUCAAACACUGCUCGUCGACGCUAAGUAUGGACUGGUAAUUCUGGAUUUCACAUCACUGUAGUCGACUCUGAAAACGGAAAUCUUGUUCUUGUGGAGAGAAGUGAGCCGAUAUUUGAGUGUGGAGGACAUUUUGCGACUGAGGCGGUCUGAAGGCAAAGGAGGAAGAAAGAAGGUUCAAGUUGAGAGUUGAAUACCUGAAAAUAAAGGCAUAAACAAGGGAGGAAUUCAAGCCAAUAAAGGCCACCAUCACAGGGUGGAGUAGACGAGGAAGAUGGAGGAACUGAAACACAGAGGGAAGAAGAGAGAAGGGAGACACAAGGAUACAUGGGAUCCGUUCCAGUUGAACCCAGUAGGAGCAGAGAAGGAGGAGAAGAGAAGAUGUUUCCAACUGGCCCAGUACCUGGUGGCUGUAAUAGUGGGGGUAGCUGUCCUGACCAGUGCUGUCAUUGCAAAGGGCUCUCUCCUGGUGUUGUCCACAUUGUCCAGUCCAUAUUCAAUGCGUGGCGAAAAGGAAAAACAGUUCUACAUGCUGAUGUUGGUUUUCUGCCUGGUCUGUCCAAACCUGCUGGUGUUUAUCAAAUCUCUGUGGAGGUGUGCCUUCAAGAGCUUCGUAAAGCCCAACAUGAGGACCAUGUCUUUUAUUUGUACCAUUGAGUGCUUGGUGUCUCUGGGCACUUCAGUCCUGGUGCUUGUGGUUAUGCCUCAGUUUGACGUGUUAACAAACCUCUUCAUCAGCGGAGGAGUCUGUAUCAUGUCUGCUAUUCUGCAGAUCAUAUUUAGACUCCAGAGAGACAGAUGGAAAAUCCUAUUCCCUGUCUGCUCCCUCAUUCUCACACUUGCAGGGUACUGCCUCGUUGCAAUCGACUACAACGUCCGUGUGACAUCAUUUGUGGAGAGACAGAGCCCUGACUGCUACAUCUACAUUGGAAUUGGGAUUUUUGCUUCACUCCUGGUCUCCCUCUGCUGGUGGGAAAACCCUCUGCAAGCUACAAACAGCAUGCAGGAGAAGCUGUCAGAACUGGACAAAUUCAGAGACUUUGUGUUUGUCAUCAGCAGUAUUCUGAGGAUAAUAGUGAUAGGAGCGGUAUACCAGUUGUACCAUUACCUAAUAGCUAAAUCUAUCACCUGGAAGACCUUUAACCUGAAUGAAGAUGAAGACAGGCAAUUGCUUCAGACAGGAUUGCUUCUGCUUUUCUUACAGGCCUUCUGUGCUGCAGCCUGUCACUGGUUUGGUGUGGUGGCCUGUAAGAUUCAUGCAGUCAGGAUGAGUUUUGCACUCCCAGUGUGUAGCACGGGACCUGCAGUGCUUUUGGUGGGAAUGAUACUUUUUAUAACCCAGGCACAAAAAUUGGACGGAGCUGAACAUGGGAGCAUAACAUCUUUUUGUGCAAGCUUGGCGUCAAUGGGACACGUAAACUCAACCACGAUGGUUUUAGUGGAAGUCACAAAAAGCAUUUGUCGAACUUCACUGAACAGCUACUACUUGCAGUGGCCUUUUGCAAUGCUGGCACUGGAGGGAUUUUGUAUGUGGGCAGGCUUCGUCACCUGUACCUACUACGUGUGGAAGAUGGAGGUCCAGCGUAUAGAGAGAACUUCUCAGCUGUUUGUCCGACGACUGUAUGAAUCUGCUUUCAUUGACUUGUCUCUGCUGCUCAACACCAAGAUGAAGGUGCCACGAGCCAGAAACCUGGAGAGCCGUGAUGAGAUACAGAACUGUGUCAUCUAUCUUUGUGCUACAAUGUGGCAUGAGACCUAUGAUGAGAUGCUGAAAAUACUCACUUCAAUGUUUAGGUUUGAUCGCUAUCGAGGAGAUCCGAAGGAGGAACAUAAGGAUGUUUUUGACUUUGAGUGCCACAUCUACAUGGAUGACGCCUUCAUGACAGACAAGGACACAGGGCAAAGGCUGGUUAAUUCUUACGUUAAGGACCUGAUUGAUGUUGUCAAUGAGGUUUAUAGGGUGUUUACCAACAAAGAACCGGAUGAGGUGUCCAUCAUCGAGGCUCCCUAUGGUGGCAGGCUGAUGUUUGUUAUGCCAGAGGGCAACAUGCUGUAUAUUCACCUAAAAGACAAGAGUCUGAUCAGGAACAAGAAGAGAUGGUCCCAGAUCAUGUAUCUUUAUUAUUUACUGGGAUGGAAGGGCUAUGUCGCCAAGAACCCUCAGAAGCCACAACACCAGUUUUUGCCCCGCAGAGACAGUUUGAUCUCUGUGGAUGGUGAGUCUUUCCUGCUGCCUCAACAAGAGAGUGACAACAAAAGAAGAUUCAUCUCAGACGAAAACACUUACAUCCUGGCUCUGGACGGAGACACCGAUUUCCAGCCCAAGGCUGUGGUCUUACUUGUAGACAGGUUGAGGAUGUAUGAAACCGUAGGUGCAGCAUGUGGUAGAAUCCAUCCUACUGGUAUGGGUCCCAUGGUGUGGUACCAGAAGUUUGAGUACGCAGUAGGCCACUGGCUCCAAAAAACCGCUGAGCAUGUGUUUGGCUCUGUGCUGUGCAGUCCAGGAUGUUUCAGUCUGUUUAGAGGAUCUGCUUUGAUGGAUGACAAUGUGCUAAAGAGAUAUACAACGACUGCAACCAGAGCUUCAGAAUAUGUGCAGUAUGACCAAGGCGAGGAUCGUUGGCUGUGUACUCUGUUACUACAGCAAGGCUGGCGUGUGGAAUACAAUGCAGCAUCAGACGCAUACACCAACUCUCCACAGGAGUUCAAAGAGUUUUAUAACCAGAGGAGACGAUGGGGACCCUCUACGCUGGCUAAUACACUGGACCUUCUGCAUAGUGGCUCUGAGACGGUCAAGAGAAACACGUCCAUCUCCAGGCUGUAUAUCCUCUACCAGAUGUUCACUGUCGGUUCAUCAAUCCUUGGUCCAGCUUCUGUGACUCUCAUGAUUGCCGGUGCUUUCCAAUUCGUCUUCAAAAUCACCGGUACGCUCUCCAUCAUCAUUGCAAGCAUUCCCCCAGUGUUCUACAUCCUGGUAUGCUUUAUAACCAAGGCAAAUACCCAAAUAACCAUCGCUGCCAUCAUGAGUGUCCUGUAUGCAUUUCUCAUGACUGCAUCCUUCUUCUCAAUCAUUGGCGACAUGGUGAUUCAGGGCACCUUCCUGACCCCCACUGGCUUGUUUUUGGUUUCAAUGGCAAUCAUGUACUUGGUGACAGCCAUACUACACCCAGAGGAGUUUGGGAUGAUUGUGUAUGGUCUGAUGUAUUUCAUCUGUAUCCCAAGUGGAUACCUGCUUCUGACGAUCUACUCCCUCGUCAACAUGAACAAUGUGUCCUGGGGCACAAGGGAAUCUAACAAGGGAGAAGGAGAGGCCAAAAAGAACCACAAUCUUCUGUGUGACAAAAACUGUCGACUCUGCUGUUGGGACAUGAAGUUACAGGUCACGCAGGAGACAGAGAAUUUGAUGAUUCAGCAGAUCACAGGCCAGACUGGACAGCACAUGGCUCUUCUCCCAGCCACCAAGCAGGAAGUACCUCAACCGACAGAAACAAAGAUUGCGAUCCCAGCCAACAUGGAAAAAGUCAAACAGGGAAUUUUGGUUUCCGAUGGGGCUGAGGAAGAGACCGAUAACAACAAGGAGAGAAAAGGCAGUGAAACCGUCUACAGUAGCAGCAGUAAUGAUUCUGUUAGAAAGCAGAGCUUAUCAAUCAGUUCAUCAGAAGAAGAAGAAAGUGAUGAUGAUGACUUCUUGCUGGAUGACCCUGAAGAAUUGGAGGAGCUUCCCGUCAGCGACUGGGUGAAUCCCGUGAAAGAGGUGUUUUUGAAGAAGCUUACCUACGCCAACAUGAAAAGAAACCUACAAGGACAAAUCAGAUACUCACUCCGCAACAAAGACCAUGAUGAUGUGUGUGAGGACCUGAUCUUGAUAUUAACAGACACUCUUAAUGGAGAGCUAAGUGGAAAGGGUCCUGAAGAUAUUCUCUCAGAUAUCGAGCUGGAGCAGCUACGUUAUGCGCUGACCAGACAGGCUCGUCAUUUCCUAAAGACCAGUCAGGUGCUGGCUUUAGAAAAGAGAGUGAAGAGGGCCAUCGAGAGAACACUCACUGCCCCACAGGUGCAAAAACUAGAUGAGGGUGAACAUGACUUCUGGGGCAAGUUACUGGAGCGCUACUUAAAGCCUAUCGUUGAGACUGAAGAUCAUAAACAAGAGGUCAUCAGAGAACUGAAGUCUCUGAGAAACAAGGCCGUCUUCUUGUAUUUCAUCGUCAACGUGCUGUGGGUGGUAGCUACCUUCUUCCUGCAGGCCAUAGGAAAUGAUGUCAUCAGCAUCAGGAUCCCAAAAAUCUACCCGAAUGGAACUCCAACUGGAGAAUUUCUUAAGGUGGAGCCUCUCAGUUUGAUGUUCCUGUUGUCUUUUGCUGUUCUACUGCUUAUCCAGUUCCUGGCCAUGUUGUAUCACAGGGUAUACACACUGAUCCACGUGGUGUCUUAUCGCAGCACAGAGAAAGACUACAAACAAAGAGAUGAUGAGGAGGAUGAAAAUGAUGAUAGUGUUACCAUCAUUGCCAAUGGACUCGCCGUAACAGAGGAUGACUUUUAGUCAGUGACCACAAACUGCAACAACCAGCACAAGUAAACAUCACUGACAGCAACAAAUCAGCAAGUCCUCUCAGCAGCGAGGAGCUCACAAAUACCACCCACCCUGUGCAAAGCAGUUUAAACAGCAGCCUGAAUUUAGUGACAGGGCUUAAUCUUGGUGUCAUUGUAAAUUAUGUAGCAGCUGCUCUGGCUCCCACAGAGUUAGAUCAUAAUCGAACAAAGUAGAUAGGUGAAGUUAAAAGAUCCUUAAUAGACUUUUCUAACAAUUUAAACAAUAGGAAUCAGUUUAGAGAUCAGUUUUACACAAUAGGAUGGAUUUGUUCAUAAGACUGUUAUUUAUUCUAUUUAGGUUGUGUUUUAAGCACAAUAUGGAAAACUAAUGAAAUAUCCAAAUCCAAACCAAGUCUAAACAGCGUUUAUGAGUAGGACUGAGAGCAUAUCCCAAUGUCCAGCUGAGGAUUAAAAUAGUUCCUUCCAUUAAAAUGCACUUAAUAGAUUUACCUAAAAGUGACAGAAGCAUAGGCAUAUGACUUUUUUCAGAUUUUUAUGAGAAAUUUAGUCAUGAGCUUGAUGUGGCAGGAAGUUUAUUAAUUCUAUGUCUUCAAGAAAAUAAGUUUCCUGGCUAAAACAGAUAAAUUAAUAAUUCUUUUUUUUUUUUUUUUCAAGAAAUGUGUACGCAAGUAAUCAAAUACUUGAAUAGUCUUUCCCUGUAAAUGGUGUUAGUCCUUUGUAGAUUUUUAAAUGCAUUAUUUGCACAUUAAAUGUUGAGGUAAAUAUUUUUGAGAUUUUAUUAAGACUCUUAUUUUUUCCUUUAAGUUUCUGAUUUAAUUUUCAAUAAUGUUUUACAAUUUUUUUGUGUCAGUGUAACUAAUUAUGCCAAUUACAAUGAUGUAAUUUACAGAAUUUUAAGAUAA